AUGGGCAAGUUCAUGAAACCGGAGAAGGUGGUGCUUGUUCUGGCUGGACGCUACUCUGGACUCAAAGCCAUCAUCGUGAAAAACAUUGAUGAUGGCACCUCAGAUCGCCCCUACACCCAUGCUCUGGUGGCUGUAAUUGACCACAAUCCCCGCAAAGUGACAGCUGCCACGGGCAAGAAGAAGAUUGCCAAGAGGUCAAAGAUCAAGUCUUUUCUGAAAGUUUAUAACUAUAAUCAUCUGAUGCCUACAGGGUACUCUGUGGAUAACCCCUUGGACAGAACUGUCGGCAAUAAGGAUGGCUUCAGAGAUCCUGCUCUUAAACCCAAGGCCUGGCAGGAGGCUGAGGUCAAGUUGAAGAGCUACACCAGAUAG